GAGAGAAAAGGAGAAGAUGAAGAGAAAGGUAUUGCAGUUUAAGGAGGGAAUAAAAAAAAAAUCACACCUGGGAUACUGCAGUCUACAUAUUAUGAUCAGUGUACAGUCUUUCUGUCUCCUUGGCCAGUUUAUAAGGCAAACGACCUCAUCAAUAUUAUUAUUCUACACUAUUAAUCAUGAUCAAAAAAUAUAAUUUAAUUUUCAUUUCAAUUAUUCUUUUAUCUCAUAUUCAUCAUUCUAAUGGAAUUCAAUAUAAACAAAGACUUUUAGAAAGAAGACAUCGCAUGAUUCAAAGAAGAUUAGCAGUUCGUGAAGAAAGCGCACCCAAAGUUUGUUUUGACUUGGUGGGAUGUUUUGCUGAUCCACCGCAAUAUUUAAGUUUAAAACGACCACCGCAGCAUCCAAAUGAAAUAAAAACACGAUUUUUAUUAUACACCCGAGAGGAGAGAAAAAAUCCGGAAGUAAUUAAUUAUGGUGAUAAAUCACAGUCAAUUGGAAAAUCACGUUAUAAUGCAACUAAAGGACUUAAAAUCGUAAUUCAUGGUUAUAAAGGCAGUGGCAGUGAUUUGGGUGCCAUAAAAGGAGCUCUCCUACUUCUUGAUUUGGAAGACACAAAUGUCAUUCUUCUCGAUUGGACAAAAGGUGCGGGUGCAUCGUACAGUACAGCAGUUGCAAAUACCGAAUUAGUUGGUCGUCAAUUGGCACUGAUAUUAUUGGAUGUCAUUAAUAUUGGAACAAAUCAAAAGAAAAUUCACAUUAUUGGUUUUAGUUUAGGAGCACAUGUUGCGGGUUGUGCUUCCGAAAUUUUAAAAAAACGUAAUAUUUUACUUGGUCGUAUUACUGGAUUAGAUCCAGCAUCGCCAUUAUUUAGAACACAUUUAUUGAGGGAAAAAGCACGUAAACUUGAUUCAUCAGACGCUGAUCUUGUCGAUGUUAUUCAUACGGAUGGCUCAAAAGAUUUUGCCGAUGGUUUUGGUUUAUUAAAACCAAUUGGACAUAUUGAUUUUUUUCCAAAUGGAGGCAGAGAACAACCGGGAUGCAGUGAUGUGAAAAAUUCCGUUGUUGUCAGUCAUCUUAAUGAGGAUUUCCUGGAUGGAAGCAUUGCGUGCAGUCAUGUGAGAGCUUGGCAACUUUUUGUCGCGAGUCUCGAGAGUCAAAAAGAGGAAUGCAAAUUAACAGCCUGGCCAUGCAGAAAAGGAGGAAUAUCAUUUGCUUUAGGAAAUUGUUUUCCACCAUUAGGAACUGAAUGGAUACAGGAAAUGGGAUAUAAGGCUAACCAUGGUCCCAUGGGAGUUUAUUAUUUGGUUACGAGGGAUGAAGCACCAUUCUGCGGUGAACCGUUCCGAGCCAUUGUUGAGAUGAUUCAAGGAACACCGAGGACUAGAGGACUCUUAUUUUUGAAAAUUGAUAACGGAAAUUCGUCAACGCUAUUCAAGAUUCCGUGCGACAAUUACGGCAGAAGGAACCAGACAUUUAAUUUUGGAAAUAUUGCUGCUACUGAAUUUCGUUCAAUUUCGAAAAAUACUAAUAAAAUAUAUGGAAAACUUUGGUACAAACCGGAAGUAAAUGAAGCUGAGAAUAAUACUACAACAGUGGAACCUGUUGGUCCAGCAAUAUUUAUUAAUAAAAUUUCUAUUGAAAAUCGAAUAGGCAAUAGAUGGGAAUUUUGCAAAAGGAAUACUGCGGUAGAAAAUGCAGAACAGGAUUUAAUAUUGCAAAAUGGUAUCUGCAUUUUAUAAAAUAUUUUACUCCAAAAAAAAAAAACAUAUACAAUAUAAUUGUUUUGAUAUAGUAGAAAAGGUUUUUUAAAUAAACAUUUGAAAAUGAGAAAUAAUGACUUUUAAACUUUUGCGUUAUGUAUAGAUUAUUAAUUAAUUAUAUCUAUUUAGUUUUAAUAAAUAAUUAAUCGAAAUUAUUCAUUUAUAAACAAAA